AGCUCCUGCACCGGACUAUUACACAGACAAAAAACGUCGAUCAGAAAUUUCCCGUCCGGCUCUCGCUCCUUGUCCAAAGCCGAAGGAGUGUCUUGCAGGCGCUGGAUCUGCAGGUGGCAGUGUUGCCAGCAGAGUGACUGAACUACAGCCAGGCUCCUGUUAUAAGGCAGAGGGCCCAGGCCCAGCCAGCCUAAGCACUGUGCACAUCCUGGGCGUGAACGUGCAGAGUGUGGCCCAGGAGGCUUGCCAUAGCUCUGCUGCAUGCAGAGACCAGCCCAGGAGAGCUUUCAUGCAAUGUGAAGCAAGUGCCCUUUGUCCUGGUCCUUCCCUUGCUGCAGGUUCGGGCUCAGUUCCCAGCCCGCCGAGGAGAGCAGCUCGGCCGGGAACGCGAAUCUUGCAGCUGGAGGCGUCUGUGAAUUGGCUGCAGCCAAGGGAAAACUGCUGCUCACCCUAUUAGCCGCGCCCCGGGAAGCCAUGGCACCAGUGCUGCUAGUGCUUGGGCUGCUCCUGGGCCUCUACACCCUCCUCUAUUACAACUGCAUCAAAGGGGCCAAGUGUAGGGCCCAAACCAGCCUCCGAGGGAAGACCGUGGUAAUCACAGGGGGAAACACUGGGAUUGGGAAGAUGACAGCCCUGGAUCUGGCCCGGAGAAGAGCUCGCGUCAUCCUGGCCUGUCGCAGCAGAGCGAGAGGAGAAGCGGCCGUCUAUGACAUCAGGCGGGAGAGCGGGAACAAUGAGGUUCUCUUCAUGAGUCUGGACCUGGCCAGCCUGGACUCGGUGCGAGCAUUUGCAGAGACUUUCCUGAGAUCUGAGCCUCGCCUCGACAUCCUGAUCAACAACGCAGGGGUUGGAGCAGGUGGCAGGAAGAAAGAUGGCUUUAACCUGGUCUUUCAGGUCAACCACCUUGGUCACUUCCUUCUGACUCACCUCCUCUUAGAGCGGCUGAAGCUCAGUGCACCGAGCCGCGUGGUGAUUGUGGCCUCCAGUGCACAUCGGUUGGGGAAGAUAGACUUUGAGAACCUCCAUAAGCCGGUGGAAGGGAUACUGCAGAACAUCCAGGCUUACUGUACCAGCAAACUGGCCAACAUCUUGUAUGCCCGAGAGCUGGCCAACAAACUGGAGGGAACCGAUGUAACCUGCUAUGCUGUUCACCCAGGUGAGUGUGGGUCCAGCCUUUCUCUAGGGAUGCACCUUCCAAAUCCCACCCAAGUUCCUGGGGGCUAUAGAUCAGAGCCUCGCUACUCAAGAAGGGAAGUUCAAUCCAGUCCUGUUUGAGACCUGCCUCAGGACAUCCAAACUGGCUACUAAGGACAAUAAUCUCUGAUUUAGGUUAAUUUCAGAACUUCCCGAAGAGGGGUACUCAAGCUCCCAGACUCCUGCGGCUCUUCCCUUUCAUACUGAGCCUCCCACCCAGUCAAGGAGGACUGGU